UGCCUGUCGCACCCUGAACCGAAAGCUGUGGCUGGCUAAGGCCUUGCCAUGGCGACAGGCCACGCAGUGGCGCAGUGAGCGUCGGUAGAGGCCGGUGGCUGCUAGGCAACGGAAAACAAUCCCGGCUGGAGCGGACUUUCUACUGCAGACCCGGCGUUGCUCUCUUGUCUCUGGAGACCCUCAGCGACCAACGCUCUAGUGACUUGGAGUAAGAAUGGCUUUUCAGUCCUCAAAUAAUGAAUCAGACCUGAAAAGUAUUGAAGAACAAGGAGAAAACCCUGUCCUUUCAAGACUGCAAAGUAUACGAGAAAAGGGAAGAGUGAGUUAUAUCACAUCCACAGAAAAUCAAUUUGAUAAACAAACCCUGAAGUUCAGGCACACUACAAAAGCUCAGGAGAGAACACGAAAACGACAGCAGCCUAUAAAACUGGAGCCUCUGCCAGUGCUAAAAGUCUACCAAGAUCAUAAGCAGCCAGAAUAUAUAUAUGAACAGAACCGACUUCAGUUAUUGUCUUCUGGAGUCCUCAAACCUUCAACUGCUUUUGGAGAAAAAAGUUCUAUAAAACUACCUAUUCAGUUUGCUAUACAGGAAGAUGCUGUGAAAAAAGCGCAAAUCCAUCAGCGCUCUUCUGAGAUGUACGCUCCCUCUCCUCCUAAACUGCCACGGGCGAGUAUUGGAAGAAGAGGUCUGUUUGGGACUCGAUCUUCAGCUUACCCUACAUACAUUUUCAAAGACCAGGAAGAAGUUAUUAAAUCCAACAUCUCUGAUCCCUUGCAAAUCAUUAAAAUAAUACGUGAAAAUGAAAAUCUUGGAUUUCUUUAUAUGAUCCCUGCAGUGCCAAGGUCUUCCAUUGAAUAUGAUACGUAUAAUCUGAAAGUUGUAACUUACGAGAAGAUCAAUAAAAAUGACUACUAUACUAUUAGCAAAAAGGCAGUGACCCACAUUUGUAAUGGUGACAUUGAAUUUAUUGAAAUUGAUCGAUGGGAACAGGAAUAUCUAUAUCACAAAGAACUCACUAAGAUUCCCAUAUUUUCACUUUUCCGGAAAUGGAAGGCUUUUACCGUGUGGAGGAAGAAUGUUCGCUCCAAGAAAAUCACUGGAUGUCGAAAUUCUCUACAAAAAAAUUUGUUCAUUGUUGAUUCUUAUUUGCGGCCAGCUCUUCUUAAAAUAAGUGAAUUGUGUUAUCAUUUGAGUUUCAUGGGACUGUGUUAUAUUGAAAAAUGUCACACCUACACCCUGCAGGAAUUUAAGGCUGUUCAAGUCUUACGGCUAGCAGAGGUGAUAGAGCGCCUAGAAGAAUUUCGAAAUGAGGCCAAAGAGGUGGUCAGGAAGGCUUGUCGAGCUGCUUUGCACGCUGCAGGAUUUGUUCCUGAUGAUGUGGCAUAUGGAUAUUUUGAGGAUGAUAUCAAAACAUCGACUGGCCCAGUUCCCACUGCAGUAUCAUUUGAGUUGCCCACUUACGGAGACUCAGAGAAAAUGACAUACACAGAACAGGCCAGCAAAAGGCAUCACUGCAUGAGGCUGACGUGCUUUAUUCGUCUAAAUGACUACCUAAUUGAGAACACCAUGCACGUCUUAACAGUAAAUUCUAUUAACUCUCUUUUGAGUUAUCUCACUGAGAAGCUAAAACGAACACCUUCAGCAGAUGUCAUUCAGAAGUGGAUUACUGAAGAGAAACCUGAAGUCACUGAUAAGAAGGGGGCGGCUGUGGUAGAAAAGCAAGAAGAAGAUGAGUCCCUGAUCCCCAUGUUCCUCACAGAACUGAUCUUGACUGUCCAGUCGCUACUCUUUGAACCUUCUUUGGAAGACUUUCUGGAUGGUAUUUCAGGGACAAUUAAUCAUUGUCAAAACACCGUGCUAUCAGUUCCUAACCUCGUACCUGAUUCAUAUUUUGAUGCUUUCACCAGUCCUUACAUUAACAACAAACUUGAAGAAAAAACCUGUGGAACAGGGCCAAGCUUAUCAGCAGUAUUUGAUGAUGAUAAGAAUUAUCACACAAUUAUCUUUCACAUAAAGGAAACUGUUAAGGCAGCAUUCGAAUCUGCCCAGUUAUAUGCAGCUACGUUCGAAAAGUUACAGAUAUUCUUCAAGGAAAAUGAAAGUCUUGAUUUACAAGCUCUUAAACUUCAGGAACCUGAUGUUAUGUUCUUUAGUGAACAACUGGAAAAAUAUCACAAACAGCACAAGGAUUCAGUGGCUCUCAGACCCACCAGAAAUGUCGGAUUGCUGCUCAUUGACACUAAGCAACUGAAAGAAAAGCUAAUUCCAUCACCUUUGCGAUGCUUAGAGGUACUAAACUUUAUGCUUCCUCGUCUAAGCAAGAAAAAAGUGGAUGCCAUUAUCUCUGAGGCACAAGAUGCUGAAUAUAAACUUGAGUUUGUUCCAACUACUACCAUAGAAUAUGUUAAUAGCUUGGUAUUUCUUGAUGAAAUUCAGGAACGGAUUGAAACUCUUGAAGAGGAAGGAAACACCGUGAUACAAAUGUACAAGCUUAUUGAUCAAUAUCAGGUGCCCACUCCACCUGAAGACUUUGCUGUUUUUGCAACUAUGAAGCCAUCCAUUGUCGCUGUUCGAAAUGCCAUUGAUAAAGCAGUGGGUGACAGAGAAGCAAGCAUUAAGCAAUUCUGUCUACAUCUGGGUAGAGAUCUUGAAGAACUAAACAAUGAAGUGAAUGAAGUAAAACUACUAGCACAGGAUCCACAGAUUUUGGAUGCUUCUGCUGACCAAGACAAAAUAAAGGUUAUGUUGAGUGAUCUACAGUAUAUUCUAGAUGAUCUUCAAAAACGUGCAUUCCAGUAUAAAUCUUAUCAAAAGAAUUUUAAGGUAGAGGUGUCCAAGUUUGAAGCUUUGGAAGAAGUUAGUGCUGAACUGAAGCUCAAACAAUUGCUCUGGGAUUCUCUCUCUGAAUGGGAUAAACUCCAAGAAGAAUGGUUACAGUCCAAAUUUGACUGCCUUGAUCCAGAAUUCCUAAAUGGUCAAGUUACUAAAUAUGCCAAAUUUGUGACUCAGCUGGAAAAAGGCUUACCACCCAACAGUGUAGUGCCCCAGCUCAAACAGAAAGUGGAAAAAAUGAAGGAAAAGCUUCCAGUUAUCAUGGACUUAAGAAACCCAACUCUAAAGCCUAGACAUUGGGCAACUAUUGAACAAACAGUUGAUGCUGUCCUGGUGGAGGCUGAAGUCCCAUUGACCUUGGAACGGCUCUCAGAGUUACAUGUUUUUGAAUUUGCACAAGAAAUCCAGGACAUAUCUGGACAAGCUUCUGGAGAAGCUGCCUUAGAAACACUUCUUAAAAAGGUGGAGGAUUCCUGGAAAACAACUGAAUUUGUCAUUCUACCUCACCGUGACACCAAAGAUGUGUUUAUCCUGGGAGGCACAGAUGACAUUCAGGUUCUUCUUGAUGAUAGCACCAUCAACGUUGCAACCAUUGCCUCAUCACGUUAUGUUGGCCCACUAAAAACUAGAGUGGAUGAGUGGCAAAAACAACUUGCUCUAUUUAAUCAAACACUGGAAGAGUGGCUGACCUGCCAGAGAAACUGGCUCUACCUAGAAAGUAUUUUUAAUGCUCCAGAUAUUCAGAGGCAAUUGCCUGCUGAGGCCAAGAUGUUCCUGCAGGUGGAUAAGUCUUGGAAAGAAAUUAUGAGAAAGGUGAACCGACUGCCUAAUGCUCUUCGAGCUGCUACUCAACCAGGGCUUUUGGAGACUUUUCAAAAUAAUAAUGCAUUACUUGAUCAAAUUCAGAAAUGUCUUGAGGCCUACUUAGAAUCAAAACGAGUUAUCUUUCCAAGAUUUUACUUCUUGUCAAAUGAUGAACUUCUGGAGAUUUUGGCCCAGACACGAAAUCCACAGGCUGUGCAACCCCAUUUAAGGAAAUGCUUCGACUCCAUUUCAAAGCUCGAAUUUGCUCUCAUGCCUCCUACUGAAGGAAAAAUUCCCGGUAUUGAUGGAGAGCCAGAAAAGGUUUAUACUAAUGAUAUUUUAGCAAUGCUGUCACCAGAGGGAGAAAGGGUUGGCUUAGGAAAAGGCCUCAAGGCUCGAGGCAAUGUGGAGGAAUGGCUUGGUAAAGUGGAAGAAGCCAUGUUCACGUCUCUGCGUCGCCUGUGCAAAGCUGCCAUCGCUGACUAUCAGGGGAAAGAGAGGACAGAAUGGGUGAUUGCUGGUCACCCUUCUCAAGUUAUCCUAACUAUUUCCCAAAUUAUGUGGUGCCGGGAUUUGACUGAAUGUCUGGAAACAGAAGACAGUAACCAUAUAGAGGCCCUCGAGGUUUUUGAAGGAGUAAAUUUUGAGAGAUUAAAUGCUCUGGCUGCAAUAGUUCGAGGCAGUCUUCCUAAAUUACACAGAAACAUCUUAACUGCAUUGAUUACGAUUGAUGUACAUGCAAGAGACAUAGUCACCGAACUUGUUCACUACAAGGUAGAGGCAGUUGACUCCUUUGACUGGCAGAGACAAUUGCGCUAUUAUUGGGAUAUAGAUCUGGAUAACUGUGUGGCUAGAAUGGCUCUCUCUCAGUAUACUUAUGGCUAUGAAUAUUUGGGUGCAUGCCCAAGAUUGGUUAUUACUCCUCUCACGGAUCGCUGCUAUCUUUGCCUCAUGGGGGCUUUGCAGCUCGACCUGGGGGGUGCACCAGCUGGUCCUGCUGGCACUGGAAAAACAGAGACUACCAAAGAUCUAGCAAAAGCUCUGGCCAUCCAGUGUGUGGUCUUUAACUGUUCUGAUGGCUUAGACUACAAGAUGAUGGGCCGCUUCUUCAGUGGCUUGGCACAGUCAGGGGCCUGGUGCUGCUUUGACGAAUUUAAUCGCAUCGACAUAGAAGUUUUGUCAGUCAUUGCACAGCAACUCAUUACCAUUAGAAACGCCAAAGCUGCAAAGCUCUAUAGAUUCAUGUUUGAGGGGCGGGAAAUAAAGUUGGUUAUGACUUGUGCAGCCUUCAUCACAAUGAAUCCUGGAUAUGCAGGCAGAACUGAAUUGCCAGAUAAUUUAAAAGCCCUAUUUAGACCAUUUGCAAUGAUGGUUCCAAAUUACGCCUUGAUUGCAGAGGUAAUUCUAUAUUCUGAAGGAUUUGAAUCUAGUAAAAUAUUAGCAAGAAAAAUGACUCAGAUGUAUAAAUUGUGCAGUGAACAGCUGUCACAGCAGGAUCACUACGACUUUGGCAUGAGAGCUGUGAAGUCUGUCCUCGUCAUGGCUGGAUCUUUAAAAAGAGAGAACCCAGACCUAAGUGAAGAUGUGGUAUUAAUAAGAGCUUUAAGAGACUCCAACUUGCCAAAAUUUCUAACAGAUGAUGCUCUUCUGUUCAGUGGAAUCAUAUCUGACCUUUUUCCUGGAGUUCAAAUUCCAGAACAUGAUUAUGGCAUUUUGCAGUCAACAAUUGUGGAUGUCAUGAAUGGACAAAAUCUUCAGCCUGAGAUAUGUAUGGUUAAAAAAGUGAUACAGUUAUAUGAGACUAUGCUGGUAAGGCAUGGUGUUAUGUUAGUCGGGCCAACAGGAGGUGGCAAGACCACAGUUUACCAAAUACUAGCAGAAACUUUAGGGGAUUUACGAAAACUUGGUGUAGACAAUCCCUUUUACCAACCAGUUAAAACAUAUGUUCUCAACCCUAAGUCAAUUACAAUGGGUGAGUUAUAUGGUGAAGUUAACAACAUAACCUUGGAAUGGAAAGAUGGUUUGAUGGCACUUAGUGUCCGAGCAGCUGUGAAUGAUACUUCAGAAGACCAUAAAUGGAUCAUUAGUGAUGGGCCAGUGGAUGCUCUUUGGAUUGAAAAUAUGAAUACAGUGUUGGAUGAUAACAAGAUGCUUUGCCUGGCUAACAGUGAGAGGAUUAAACUCACACCUCAAAUUCACAUGCUUUUUGAGGUGCAAGAUCUAAAGGUCGCCUCCCCUGCAACAGUCAGCCGAUGUGGAAUGGUGUUCGUGGAUCCUGAAGAACUGAAAUGGAUGCCUUAUGUUAAAACUUGGAUGAAUGGAAUUUCUAAAAAACUGAAUGAGGAAACCCAAGAAUAUAUAUUGAAUCUUUUCCAACGUUAUGUUGAUGAUGGUUUAAAUUUUAUCCAUAAAAAGUGUGGCGAGGCAAUUCCACAAGUGGAUAUAAGCAAAAUUACUACACUUUGUUGUUUAUUGGAAUCCUUGAUACUUGGGAAAGAUGGAGUUAACUUGACAAUGGAGCAAACAAAACUAAACACUGUACUAUGUCAGACUUUUUUAUUCUGUUAUUUAUGGUCUUUGGGUGGAAACUUAACUGAAAACUACUGGGAUUCUUUUGAUACAUUUAUGAGAACACAAUUUGAUGAUAAUCCUGAUGCCAGGCUUCCCAGUUCUGGUGAUCUGUGGAGCAUUCAUAUGGACUUUGACACAAAACGGCUGGAUCCCUGGGAACGAAUCAUACCUACCUUCAAGUACAGUCGAGAUGUUCCAUUUUUUGAAAUGCUUGUCCCCACAACUGACACAGUGCGCUAUGGGUAUCUAAUGGAGAAACUACUGGCAGUCAACCAUUCGGUGUUGUUUACGGGAAUAACUGGAGUUGGCAAGUCUGUGAUUGCAAAAGGAUUGCUAAGUAAAAUUCAAGAAUCAGCUGGUUAUGUCCCUGUUUAUCUAAAUUUUUCUGCUCAAACUUCAUCCGCAAGGACUCAAGAGAUCAUUGAAUCAAAACUGGAAAGAAAAAGAAAAAACAUUCUAGGAGCACCAGGAAACAAAAGAGUUGUGAUUUUUGUUGAUGAUCUAAACAUGCCCAGACUGGAUCGUUAUGGUUCUCAGCCUCCAAUUGAAUUACUUCGGCAGUAUCAAGAUUUCGGUGGAUUUUAUGACAGAAACAAACUCUUUUGGAAAGAAAUACAGGAUGUAACAAUUGUUUCGGCAUGUGCACCUCCAGGCGGUGGCCGCAACCCUGUGACCCCCCGCUUCAUCCGACAUUUCAGCAUGUUCUGUCUUCCAACACCCUCAGAGCACAGUCUGAAACAGAUUUUUCAGGCCAUCUUAAAUGGCUUCCUGUAUGAUUUCCUACCAGCUGUAAAGCAGACUGCACCAAACAUUGUGGAAGCCUCAGUUGAGAUAUAUAACAGGAUGAGUGUUGAUCUCCUGCCAACACCAGCCAAGUCUCAUUAUGUCUUUAAUUUGAGGGACUUAUCCAAAUGUGUGCAAGGUAUCCUCCAAUGUGAUCCAGGAACAAUAAGAGAAGAAAUUCAGAUAUUUAGACUCUUCUGCCAUGAAUGUCAAAGAGUCUUCCAUGAUCGUUUGAUUAAUAAUGAAGAUAAGCACUAUUUCCACGUUAUGUUGACAGAAAUGGCCAGUAAAUAUAAAUCUUUAUUUAGAUGUUUUGUUGCUGUAUUAGUUUGCAGGAACCUGUACUUUCAAAGGGUAAAUGCACCAGGCAAUUUCUGCCCCUUCCAUGUUCCAAAGCUGUCACCACACUCCAGGGAUGGUAGAACAAAUCUCUCCUUCAAAAUGAUUGCUCGGAUGAUUCGUCAGGAAAGAGGCAAUGCCCUGCUCGUUGGAGUAGGAGGCACAGGAAAGCAGUCUCUCACCAGACUUGCAGCUCAUAUAUGUGGUUACAGAUGUAUGCAGAUUGAACUUAGCCGUGGAUAUAAUUAUGACAGUUUCCAUGAAGACUUGAGGAAACUGUACAAAAUGGCUGGUGUAGAAGACAAGAACAUGGUUUUCCUUUUCACUGACACACAGAUUGUAGUGGAGGAGUUCCUAGAAGAUAUAAAUAACAUCCUCAAUUCAGGUGAAGUGCCUAAUUUAUUUGAAAAGGAUGAACUGGAGCAGGUUUUGGCAGCCACCAGACCAAAAGCAAAAGAAGCAGGAAUUUCAGAGGGGAAUAGAGAUGAGGUGUUUCAGUACUUUAUCAGUAGAGUUCGUCAGAAGCUGCACAUUGUUCUCUGCAUGAGCCCGGUAGGGGAGGCCUUUCGGUCCCGAUGCCGAAUGUUUCCAUCUCUUGUAAACUGCUGCACCAUUGACUGGUUUGUCCAGUGGCCCAGAGAAGCACUUCUUUCUGUGUCAAAGACAUUUUUCUCAACUGUCGAUGCUGGAAGUGAAGAACUGAAAGACAAGCUUUCCCUCAUGUGCGUGAACGUUCACCUGAGCGUCUCCACCAUGGCGGAGCGCUACUACACAGAGCUGCGCAGGCGGUACUACACCACGCCCACCUCCUACUUGGAGCUCAUCCACCUCUACCUGUCUAUGCUCUCUGAAAAAAGAAAGCAAAUUAUUUCAGCAAGAGAUCGGGUGAAGAAUGGUCUCACCAAGCUACUAGAAACAAAUGUACUAGUAGAUAAAAUGAAAUUAGAUCUUUCAGCUUUAGAGCCUGUGCUUUUACAAAAAUCACAAGAUGUCGAAGCCCUGAUGGAAAAAUUGGCAGUGGAUCAAGAAAGUGCCGAUCAGGUCCGUAGUGUUGUGCAAGAAGAUGAAGCAACAGCAAAAGUGAAAGCUGAAGAAACCCAAGCAAUAGCUGAUGACGCUCAACGAGAUCUUGAGGAAGCAUUACCGGCUCUCGAUGCUGCCAAUAAAGCACUGGAUUCCUUAGAUAAAGCAGAUAUAUCUGAAAUCAGAGUUUUCACAAAGCCCCCAGAUAUGGUCAUGACUGUAAUGGAAGCGAUCUCCAUUCUCUUGAAUGCAAAGCCUGAUUGGCCAACAGCAAAGCAACUUCUUGGUGACUCUAACUUUCUAAGAAGACUUUUAGAAUAUGAUAAGGAAAACAUAAAACCUCAGAUAUUGGCAAAGCUCCAAAAGUAUAUCAAUAAUCCCGAUUUUGUGCCUGAAAAAGUAGAGAAAGUGUCCAAAGCAUGCAAAUCCAUGUGCAUGUGGGUAAGAGCAAUGGACUUAUACUCACGGGUAGUCAAGGAAGUUGAACCAAAGAGACAAAAACUCCGUGCUGCACAGGCUGAACUUGACGUUACUAUGGCUACCUUGAAAGAAAAGCAAGCAUUGCUAAGACAAGUGGAAAAUCAAAUACAGGCCUUACAAGAUGAAUAUGACAGAGGUGUGAAUGAAAAAGAAAGUCUGGCAAAGAAUAUGACCCUGACAAAGGCACGCCUAGUCCGAGCUGGAAAGCUGACAGCUGCGUUAGGAGAUGAGCAGGUUCGAUGGGAAGAAAGCAUACGCAAGUUCGAGGAGGAGAUAUCGAACAUCACCGGGAAUGUGUUCAUAGCAGCGGCCUGUGUGGCCUAUUAUGGAGCUUUCACGGCCCAGUACAGGCAAACUCUUAUAGAGUGUUGGAUCCAGUACUGCCAGUCUCUGGAGAUCCCAAUUGAUCCUUCCUUCAGUCUCAUUAAUAUUCUUGGAGAUCCCUACGAAAUACGGCAGUGGAAUGCUGAUGGGCUGCCCCGGGACUUGAUAUCAACAGAAAAUGGAAUUUUGGUUACUCAAGGGAGACGGUGGCCUUUGAUGAUUGACCCUCAAGAUCAGGCCAACCGUUGGAUAAGGAAUAAGGAAAGCAGAAAUGGUUUAAAGAUCAUUAAGCUUACAGAUAGUAAUUUCUUACGAGUACUUGAAAAUUCAAUCCGACUUGGGUUACCUGUCUUACUGGAAGAGCUCAGGGAAACCUUGGAUCCAGCUCUAGAACCCAUUCUUUUGAAACAAACUUUCAUCAGUGGUGGUCGACUACUCAUUCGCCUGGGAGACUCAGACAUUGAUUAUGACAGAAGUUUCAAGUUCUAUAUGACAACCAAAAUGCCAAAUCCUCACUAUCUGCCUGAGGUAUGCAUUAAAGUUACCAUCAUCAAUUUCACUGUGACUAAAUCAGGUCUGGAGGACCAGUUGUUAAGUGAUGUGGUACGACUUGAAAAACCUGAAUUGGAAGAACAAAGAGUCAAGCUCAUUGUGAGGAUCAACACUGAUAAAAACCAGCUGAAAAAUAUUGAAGACAAAAUCCUGAAAAUGCUCUUUACAUCUGAAGGGAAUAUUCUGGACAAUGAAGAACUUAUUGACACACUCCAGGAUUCAAAGAUCACUUCCGGUGCCAUUAAAAUCAGGCUGAAGGAAGCAGAGUCCACUGAGGAGAUGAUCAAUGUGGCACGUGAGAAGUAUCGGCCAGUAGCCACUCAAGGCUCUGUUAUGUACUUUGUCAUUGCAAGCCUCUCAGAAAUAGAUCCUAUGUACCAGUACUCACUGAAGUAUUUUAAACAGUUGUUCAAUACGACCAUUGAAAGUUCUGUAAAGAAAGAAGAUCUACAAGAGCGCCUGAACAUACUGCUGGAACAAACUCUCCUAACGGCUUAUGUCAACAUUUCAAGAGGACUUUUUGAACAACAUAAACUCAUCUACAGCUUUAUGCUCUGUGUUGAGAUCAUGCGUCAGCAAGGACACCUAACCGAUGCUGAAUGGAAUUUCUUUCUCCGAGGUUCUGCAGGAUUAGAAAAGGAACGCCCACCUAAGCCUGAAGUUCCCUGGCUACUUACUCCCAUGUGGUUCGCAUGCUGUGACUUAGAAGAAUCAUUUCCAGUUUUUAAAGGACUUACUAAUUAUAUAAUGUUACAUCCUGUUUCCAUACGCUUAGGAUCUUUUGAGACUUAUAUUAACCCACGUGAAUGGGAAGGCUAUUCUAAAAUGAAACAUGAAGACCAAUACAUGACACAUUAUGAAAGGGAUGGCACAAGGCACGAUUCUUGGAGUACAGAAUUGAGUUCUUUCCAUAAACUGAUUCUUAUUAAAUGUUGUAAAGAAGAAAAGGUGGUUUUUGCUCUUACAGACUUUGUGAUAGAAAAUCUUGGGAAACAGUUUGUAGAGACACCACCUGUGGACCUGGCUACUCUGUAUCAAGAUAUGUCAUGCACCAUUCCCCUGAUAUUCAUCUUAAGCACAGGCUCAGAUCCCAUGGGUGCAUUUCAGAGGUUCGCCCGGGAGAGUGGGUAUUCAGAACGAGUGCAGUCAAUUUCACUGGGGCAAGGACAAGGGCCCAUUGCUGAAAAAAUGAUCAAGGAUGCAAUGAAAUCGGGAAACUGGGUAUUUUUACAAAAUUGCCAUCUUGCUGUUUCUUGGAUGUUGGCAAUGGAAGAGCUAAUUAAAACCUUCACAGACCCAAAUAGUGUUAUCAAGGACACUUUUCGGCUUUUUUUAAGCUCCAUGCCUAAUGAUACAUUUCCUGUUACAGUUCUUCAAAAUUCUGUCAAGGUAACCAAUGAGCCUCCAAAAGGCUUGCGUGCAAAUAUCAGACGAGCAUUUACUGAAAUGACACCUUCGUUUUUUGAAGAAAAUAUACUCGGAAGAAAAUGGAGACAAAUAAUAUUUGGCAUUUGUUUCUUCCAUGCAAUUAUUCAGGAGAGAAAGAAGUUUGGUCCCCUUGGUUGGAAUAUCUGCUAUGAAUUUAAUGACAGUGACAGGGAAUGUGCUUUACUAAACCUCAAUCUCUACUGUCAAGAAGGAAAGAUUCCCUGGGAUGCACUAAUUUACAUUACUGGUGAAAUUACAUAUGGAGGUAGAGUCACAGAUACCUGGGAUCAAAGAUGCCUUCGUACUGUCUUGAAAAAAUUUUUUUCUCCUGAAACAUUAGAAGAUGAUUAUAAAUAUUCUGAAUCAGGCAUCUAUUUUGCACCCAAGGCUGACAGCCUACAGGAGUUUAAGGACUACAUUGAAAAUCUGCCUUUGAUAGAUGACCCAGAAAUUUUUGGAAUGCAUGAAAAUGCCAACCUAGUUUUCCAGUACAAAGAGACCAGCACCUUAAUCAACACCAUACUUGAGGUUCAGCCAAGGUCAUCUUCUGGUGGUGAGGGGAAAAGCAAUGAUGAAAUUGUUCAAGAACUUGUUGCUUCUGUCCGGACCAGGGUUCCAGAAAAAUUGGAAAUGGAGGGUGCUUCUGAGAGCCUUUUCAUCAAGGAUCCCCAGGGACGCUUGAACUCCUUGACCACGGUUCUUGGACAGGAAGUGGACCGGUUUAACAACCUGCUGAAGUUAAUCCACAUUUCUCUAGAAACGCUUGACAAAGCUAUUGCUGGACUUGUGGUAAUGUCUGAAGAAAUGGAAAAAGUGUAUAACAGUUUUCUCAACAACCAGGUUCCGUCUCUCUGGUCCAACACAGCCUACCCAUCUCUGAAGCCACUAGGAUCAUGGGUCAAAGACCUUAUUCUGAGAACUGCAUUUGUAGAUUUGUGGCUCAAAAGAGGACAGCCCAAAUCCUACUGGAUCUCUGGUUUCUUCUUUCCUCAAGGAUUUCUAACAGGAACUCUUCAAAAUCAUGCUCGGAAAUAUAAUUUGCCCAUAGAUGAGCUGAAUUUCAAGUACAACAUGAUUCCUGCCUAUCGGGAUCAAGCUGCAGUGAUAGAAGCUGCCAAGACAGUGCAGUUUGGACAAGAACUGCCCAUGGACCUGGAGUUGCCCUCUCCUGAGGAUGGUGUUCUUGUGCACGGGAUGUUCAUGGAUGCUUCUCGAUGGGACGAUAAGGAGAUGGUGAUAGAAGACGCGUUGCCAGGACAGAUGAAUCCAAUGCUGCCUGUGGUGCAUUUUGAGCCACAGCAAAAUUACGAGCCAGACCCAACCCUGUACCACUCCCCACUUUAUAAAACAGGGGCCCGGGCAGGAACACUCUCGACCACAGGCCAUUCAACCAACUUCGUGGUUACCAUCCUAUUACCUUCCCACCGAUCCAAAGACUACUGGAUUGCCAAGGGAUCAGCUUUGCUCUGCCAGCUGAAUGAGUGAAAAGGCACCAUCUCAGCAAUGAAAAGAACCAGGCCAGAGAUCCUUCCUGGAGAGGGGAAAGGUUUGAAUUUAUGUGAGCAAAAUGGUUCUUCUAUUUGACUUAGGAUAUUAAGUGUGAUUUUUAUUUCUUUUACUACCUAAAAUAAAAGUGUCUGAGUUCUUUAUGUUG